AUGAAGUUCAUCAAGCCAGCCUGGCUGACGCAUAGUGGAGAACAGAAAGACUUCGAGGUUUACAGCUGUCACGUAUCGCCCGAUGGGGCCAGGCUAGCUACUGCUGCUGGAGAUGGCCACGUUCGAAUAUGGUCCACCGAAGCCAUUCUCCAAGCAGGAGAUCCCAAUCACUCCAAGCCCAAGCAAUUAUGUCAUAUGAGCUAUCAUUCGGGGACCAUUCAUACGGUUAGAUUCUCACCAAACGGUCGUUGGCUAGCUUCGGGCGCAGAUGACAAGAUCAUAUGUAUCUACGCCAUCGACGCGAAUCCACCCGCGCACUCAGCUUCAUUCGGAACGAAUGAGCCAGCUCCCGUUGAAAAUUGGAAAAUCGUCAGGCGGUUAAUUGGACACGAGAACGAUGUGCAGGAUCUAGGCUGGUCUUAUGAUUGCUCAAUACUAGUAUCAGUUGGACUGGACUCGAAAAUCGUCGUCUGGUCUGGGCAUACGUUUGAGAAGUUGAAGACUCUCUCAGUUCAUCAGAGCCAUGUUAAAGGAAUUACCUUCGAUCCUGCGAACAAGUACUUUGCGACAGCGAGCGAUGACCGCACGAUUAAACUCUUCCGAUUCACCUCUCCACUUCCUAAUGCUACCGCCUACGACUCUAUCAACAAUUUUGUGCUCGAGCACACUAUUGUUGCACCCUUUGCUUCUUCUCCUCUCACAACCUAUUUCCGAAGGUGUUCUUGGUCGCCAGAUGGAAAUCAUAUUGCUGCUGCAAAUGCCGUGAAUGGGCCUGUCAGCUCGGUCGCGAUCAUCAAUCGAGGGCUCUGGGAUAGUGAUAUCAAUCUUAUUGGACAUGAAGGUCCUACGGAAGUCUGCACAUUCUCACCACGUCUAUUCAGCAAACAAGAAAUCAGCCCUGAAACUACCGAUAAUAGCGGGUAUAGUACUCAAGCUUUAGUUACCGUUAUUGCGUGUGCUGGACAGGAUAAAACUUUAAGUAUCUGGAAUACUAGCUCUUCAAGGCCGUUGGUCGUGUGUCAAGAUUUGGCAGCAAAAUCGAUUUCGGAUCUUGCUUGGACCCCAGAUGGCCUAACUAUUUUUGCGUCAAGUUUGGAUGGGAGUAUAAUUGCGUUGGAGUUCGAAAAGGGGGAGCUUGGCUUCAUAGCACCCCUGUCAGAGAACGACAAAGCCUUGCAAAAGUUUGGCGUCAAUAGAAGAGGAGUUGGUGUUGUUGAAGAUGUCGCUGCUCUUCGACUAGAGGAGAGAAGCAAGGCCGGGGAGCUACGAGGGGCAGAAGGGAGGAUGGGAGCGCUUAUGGGAGAUGCCGCCUCAAAUCCGACGCCCGUGUUGAAUGGGGAUGGCAACACUAAUGGAACCUCAACCCCAAUGACUGGAGUAACAUCUACUGCACCUGCGGUAACGAACGGUCGAUCCCCCGCCCAAGAUACGCCAGCACCAGCACCUGCCGUUGUGAAGGACCCCAAUGCAGAGAAAUUGGAAGCAAUGAAACAGCGGGUUACUAUCACAAAGGAAGGAAAAAAGAGAGUUGCACCUUUACUUGUUUCCUCCUCUGGAACAGGACUCUCUUCGUUGCCUCAGUCACAGUUGAUGGCUGCAAGUUCUAGCAACGCCCCAAAUGAUGCCCCCCAAUCAAUACUAGAUCUAUCCAAACCAUACGACGGCCUUCCAAGAGGUGGUCUAGCAGCGAUGUUACUUGGGAAUAAACGCAAAUCUGUUGCCCUUGAAGAGGACGAGCAGGACGACCAAGCCAACAAACGAGCUGCUGCUGGAGGAGCCAACGGUCCAAUUCCAAUCAUGGUUAACGGGGUAAAUGGAGUAGAGCCAGCUAUCCCUCUCUUACCUGAGAAUGGUGUAGUGCCGACUCCCGAAUUCAUCAGACCAGCUGUCGUAAACCCUGCGAUGUCAGUCAGUCAAGUAAGAUUAGCGGUGCCCAAAGUACGAACACAUAUUCUAAGAUCUCUCGACCGCGGUGCUUUGCCAUCAACUUCGGGAACAAACGGCACUAUCAACGGAGCAGAGGAAUCUACAAAAGCGAUCGACGAUGUAGUUUUCGAAGCUCAGAAUCCAUCGAACCCAUCCCAAAUGAGGGAUCCUUCGAAAAUCAGCGCAAGCAAACGAGGCGUUAACCUCUGGCAAGACUUUCUACCCCGAGCUGUCAUUCUGGUUACCGGGAAUAAGAACUUUUGGGUAGCUGCUUGUGAGGAUGGAAGUAUCUAUACUUGGACUCCUGCUGGGCGUCGGAUAUUCAAUGCUUUAGUUCUGGAGGCUCAGCCGGUCAUAAUAGAAUGCAGAGGGUGGUGGCUACUCUGCAUAACCGCGGUUGGUAUGUGCUACGUGUGGAAUCUCAAGACACAUGGGUCUCCUCAUCCGCCAGUGUCGCUCGCGCCGAUAUUAGACAUUGCAUUGCACUCUUUGGGUAUGCAUACGACCAGCGCUCCGGGCGUCACUUCCGCACAUCUGAACUCCACUGGUCAUAUCAUUGUUACACUUAGCAACGGCGAUGGUUACCUCUACUCACCAUCGAUGUAUGUAUGGCAACGCCUAUCAGAGGCUUGGUGGGCCGUUGGAAGUCAGUACUGGAAUUCGAACGACUCGUCAAUUAACACCUUGCAAUCGACUGGCGUUGGUCCUGAUUCAAGGCGGGAUGGGGUUACAACUUCCAACAUCUCCGCAGGCAUUAUACCGCACCUUGAACGGCAUACUACGAACGAAGUCCUUCUCAAGGGCCGAGCGUACCACCUUCAACGGCUCAUCAAGUCCCUGCUAUCUCGGGAAGGGUUCGAGGGCUUCGAGUCCGGUGUCAGCAUCGCACAUCUAGAGAAUCGUGUGGCGGCGGCGUUACAGCUAGGCGCAAGAGACGAAUUCCGGAUUUACCUCUUUAUGUACGCAAAGCGCCUUGGAGCUCAAGGUCUGAAGACCAAAGUAGAAGAGCUCCUGAAGACCAUUCUCGGCGGUAUCCUUCAAGAUAAGACGGAGGGUGAGAAGGGUGAAGGCUGGCUUAGCGAAGAUGAUAAACUCUGCGGGUGGGAUAGAAAGGAGUUGUUAAAGGAGGUUGUCUUAAUUCUCGGGAAAUUCCGAGAUCUGCAAAGGCUUACCGUGCAAUACUCACGGGUGCUUGGUAUGGAUGAGGAUGAAAAUGAGGCUUGA